AUGGAAUUGCUCAAAAGUGCUCUUUUCUCGGUAACAUUAGGCUCAAAUGACUUCAUCAACAACUAUCUACUACCUUUCGUCGCCAAACCCUCAAAACCCGAACAAAUUUUGGUCCCUCCGGAGAAGUUCGUCAAAGCUAUGAUUUCAAGAUACAAAAUUCAACUCACGAGAUUAUACAAAAUGGGUGCUAGAAAGAUUAUUAUAGUAAAUGUGGGACCAAUCGGAUGUAUUCCAUAUCUAAAGGAACUCAUACAAUCGGGUGCUGAUGGUUGUGCCGCUUACCCAAAUCAACUUGCACAGUUGUUCAAUGACAAGUUAAGGAUUCUUGUUCCAGAGCUUAGAUCCAGCUUGAAUGGAUCAGAAUUUGUUUAUGCAGAUGUUUAUCGUACUGUAUACGACCUUGUUCAAAACUACACUUCUUACGGAUUUCAGAAUUCGAGCUUUGCUUGCUGCUAUGUUUCUGGGAAUUUCGGGGGUUUAUUUCCAUGCAAUCCGACUUCCAAAGUAUGCACAGACAGAUCAAAGUUUGUGUUUUGGGAUCCAUACCAUCCAACUGAAGCUGCUAAUCUCAUCAUUGCCAAACGUAUGCUUGAUGGUGGCCCCAAUGACAUUUGGCCCAAAAACAUUAGACAAUUAAUUUCCAAAUCUUCGUCUUAGAUUAAAUAAUUAUGUAGAAUUUUGGGUACAAGACAAAAAAACAUAGUUAAAGCCUACCCAAUUCAAUCAUGGAAUUGUUGACAUGAGGAGCAUUGUUGAAAAUUUGAAAUAUUGAAGCGGAAUAUUAUAUGUAGUUGUUCAAGUCAAUGAAUACCGAGU